GUUAACGAAGAAACUAGAAAGGGUUUUAAUGGCGAGCUUCGACCUGAAGACGAUAGUCAAGGACAAGAGAUUCUGGGCAGCUUCCUUCCUCAUCGCCUGGGCUGCUGGUCUCCAGGGGCACAUGAUGUGGCUGCAGAGGCAAGAUUCAUUUAAGCAAAAAUUCGGAACGAUCGAUGAAGAAAACCAGAAAUGAUUCAUCCAUUUGUUUUUUUUUUUUUUAAUAUUUCAUCAAAUGUCAUAUGGUUAAGUAAACAUAAGUUGUCAUCUUCUUCUUCUUCAUACUGGCGAUUAGUUUGUGCUUUGGGCAAGACUCCAAAUCGAAUGUGGUCUCUAUGUAAUUUUAAGACCAAAUUUCAAGAA